AUGGUGAGACCGUAUGGGAUUAAGGUGAACAACAAGAGGAAGGAGAGACACGAGAGGUAUGAUGAAGAAGAAGAUGAGCAGCCUAAGUUUGAGGAGAAACAAAAACAAAAAGAAAAGGUGAAGAAGGCUAAAAGAGAAGCCACCUCAAAACCAGAGGAGGAGGAGGAAGAUGAUGAAGAGAAGGAAGAGAUAGCUGAGGAAGCAGAACAUGAGCUUGAUGUUGGAAUACCUGUUGUCGUGUCUGAAAAUAACAAGGAUCAGACUGGUGUUAUCUUUGUGCUUGAGAAGGCCUCUCUUGAAGUUGCCAAAGUUGGAAAGACUUACCAGCUACUAAACUCUGAUGAUCAUGCUAAUUUCUUGAGGAAGAAUGGCAGAGAUCCUGCUCACUACAGGCCAGACAUCACUCAUCAGGCUCUUUUGAUGAUUUUGGAUAGUCCGGUCAACAAGGCUGGGAGGUUGAAAGCUGUUUAUGUUAAGACAGAACAAGGUGUUCUUUUUGAAGUUAAGCCACAUGUUCGUAUACCAAGAACUUACAAGCGGUUCGCUGGAAUCAUGCUGCAAUUGCUACAGAAGCUUAGCAUUAGUGCAUCUGGCAAGCGUGAGAAACUUUUGCGGGUGAUCAAGAACCCUGUUACAAGCCACUUACCGCCUAACUCUAGAAAAAUAGGCUUCUCGUAUAGCUCUGAAAAGCUGGUCAAUAUGCAGAAGCACCUAUCUACUGUCUGCAAUGAGACCGACACUGUUUUUGUGCUUGGUGCGAUGUCACACGGGAAAAUAGAGUGUGACUAUAUUGAUGAUUUUGUGGCCAGGGAUACGUGUGUCGAUAAGGAGGCUGUGGUUACUGGUAUGUUUAGAUGUUGGGAGGAAGUGUUUGUAGGAUCUAAUCCUGGAGGAAGCGAGACUGAAGGCAAGCAGUGA